UGUACACCUGGCCUGCUGCGUGGAAGCACGAGAGGAGGUCUGCUAGCACGCCCACGAGAACGGAUCGACCACAGAGCAAGUGAAGGGCGUCUGGAGCGCCGAAGUCACGGUGUGGGGAGCUGCGAAUGAGCUCGGACGAGGAGCAGGAUGGGGCCGGACGGAGAGGCGGGCGGAUGGCCUUCACCGACCAGAAUGACUUCGAAGGCGGGAGGUGGAUCAACGGGGAGUACUACUACGAGAGCCAGCGGAAGGGCCAGAUGCAGACGGAGGACGACCGCAUCCUCGGAGUGUUCCAAGACGGCAGCAGCGACGAGGACGAAGGGAGGAAGAAGAAGAAGGGCGGCGGCGGAGGAGGACGCAAGCAGCAAUCUUCGGGCAAGGACCACAGUAAACCCAUGUCGUUCGUCGGCGGGAAGGGCCAGGGGGGGAGCGGGGGCGGUUCUAAGGCACACCAGGCAAGAAACAACAAGGCGACGCCUGCCGCUGCUCCGGGGGGCGGGGCUGGCGGCGGCGGUACAGCCGACGGCGACGGCGGAGAGGAGGACGAUGAAGAGGAAGAGCAGGAGGACCCGUCCGCGGCCCUAGCCCGCCAGAAAACGCAGCAGCACUUCCGGGACCUCCUCAACAAUGCCGUGACAUCGGCGGCGGCGGAACCGAGGAAGCAAAACGCCUCCAAGCCGCCGCCACCCCCGCCGCCACCCCCUCUUGGUAGCACUGCAUCGCCCGGGAUAGGUAGCACAACACCAGCAGUCGCAGCGGUAGACAGCGGCCCGGUGGCAGCGGAUACUAGGAGCAACGCAGACUUUAGAGCAUUAUUAGGAAAGGUUCCGCCGCCGCCACCGCCGCCCCCCACGCCGCCACCCGUACCUCCGGCGGCAUCCGCGACGGCAACAACUUCUGGCGGGCUUGGUUUGGGCGCGAAGGUGGGGGUGGGGUCGGGGCUUGGGGUUGGAGCGAGGGCAGGCCUAGGGGCGGGGGAGAAGAAGGAGCCUGAGAAGGAGCAGCCGACAAAGAUGAAGCCCUUGCCGGCCAAGCUUGACCCUGGUUUCGGGAACUGGGAGAAGAACACCAAGACCGACUGA